AUGUAUGACCUUGUCAUUACUAACGGAAUCUGCGUUACAGCUUCAGAUGUAGCGCCUCUCGACAUCGCCAUUCAGGGAGAGAAGAUCGCGCUCCUGGCCCCAUCUGGCUCCCUGGCAAAGCAGGGCACCAGAGUGAUAGAUGCUGAGGGUGGCUUUAUUAUGCCCGGUGGUAUUGACUGCCAUGUUCACCUCCAGGAACCUAGCCUUUUUGGCAAGGGUACAUCGUCCGAUGACUACGAGUCUGGCUCUCGAUCUGCCAUCGCAGGCGGCAAUACCACGAUCAUCACUUUUGCCCCGUUGCAAAAGGAGACGACGGCAACGCCCGUGAAUGUGGUCCAUGACACGCGCGCACUCGCCGACGGCCGAUGUUACUCAGACUUCAGUUUUCACCUCCUGAUGGGCACGGCAGCUCCCCGAGCCUUGCAAGACUUCCCCAGGCUGCGCGAAGAAGGGAUCAGCUCCAUCAAGAUCUACAUGACUUACCAAGCGCUGCAGCUGAGGGACGGCGACAUCUUAUCGGUCCUCUUAGCCGCGCGCAAAAACAAGAUCCUGACCAUGAUCCACGCUGAGAACGGCGAGGUCCUCGACUGGCUGACGCACCAGCUCGAAGCGGCCGAACUGUUCGCUCCUAAGUACCACUCGAACUCAAGGCCGCCGAUCCUCGAGGCCGAAGCGACCAACCGCGCGAUAGCGCUGUCCUCGCUAAUCGCAGACACUCCCAUCCUCCUUGUCCACGUUAGCGACGUCGGGGCGACAACACGCAUCCGCGAGGCACAAACCCUUGGCCAACCAAUUCUAGCUGAAACGUGCCCGCAAUACCUCUUCCUCACCCGGCACGACCUCGACAAGCCGGGCUUCGAAGGAGCAAAGUGCGUCUGCUCCCCGCCGCCGCGGGACAAAAACGACCAGGAAGCGAUCUGGACGGGUCUCGACAACGGCACGUUUGCCAUCCUCAGCUCGGAUCAUUGUCCAUUCCGGUAUGAUGACGCCGAGUCCGGCAAGAAGACAUGUAUCACGGCCGAGCACCCCGUGGGGCAGUUCAAGUACAUCCCCAACGGCCUGCCGGGCGUGGAAACGCGGAUGCCCCUUGCCAUGUCGGCGGGAAAGCUUGAGCUCACAAAGCUCGUCCAGGUUUUCUCAACCAAUGCGGCGAAACUGUACGGUCUAUACCCCCGAAAGGGCGCGCUGAUUCCUGGUGUUUCAGACGCGGAUUUGACAAUCUGGUAUCCUGGCAAACUGGACCUGACGGUGACGAACGAUAUGCUACAUCAUAAUACGGACUACACUCCGUACGAGGGGCGUAAAGUCACCAACUGGCCGAGAUACACUGUUCUACGCGGCCAGGUUGUCUGGGAUCGCGAUAACGGAGGGGUUGUAGGCCGGAAGGGGUAUGGGCAGUUCAUCAAGCGAGACGCAGCGUUGGGCAUCUGGAAGCCGGACGCGAAGACGUUUGACCUUGAGAGUCUGUAG